AAAAUUUCAAAAGAUCAGGAACUGGAGGGAGAGAACAGUUAGUUAGGGAGACAUCGCUGCAGAGUUAAACGUUACGUUAGCUAGGGAUUUUUUAAAAAUAUCACAAAUAGCUUAUUUAAGUGUGCUCAUUAAUCUUCAGAGUGUCCCAGUCAACAAUCUUUUUACAGGAUGGCAGCUACAGAAGGACCGUUUAAGACCCUGUUUGAAAACAAGACCGUCAGCAAAGCCAAGAAGGAUGACAAGCGUCUGUCGGUGGAGCGCAUCUACCAGAAGAAGACUCAGCUGGAGCACAUUUUGCUCCGGCCCGACACCUACAUCGGCUCCGUCGAGCCCCUCACCCAGCCAAUGUGGGUGUUCGACGAGCUGGAUGGCAUGAACUGCAGAGACAUCACCUUUGUCCCGGGUCUCUACAAGAUCUUUGAUGAGAUUCUGGUGAAUGCCUCUGACAAUAAGCAGCGAGACAAGACCAUGAACUGCAUCAAAAUCAACAUCGACCGGGAGAACAACACCAUUAGCGUGUGGAACAACGGUAAAGGCAUCCCCGUGGUGAUGCACAAAGUGGAGAAGGUGUACGUGCCCGCCCUCAUCUUUGGACAGCUCCUCACCUCCAGUAACUAUGACGACGACCAGAAAAAGGUCACAGGGGGUCGUAACGGAUUCGGGGCGAAGCUCUGCAACAUCUUCAGCACCAAGUUCACUGUGGAAACGGCCUGCAGGGAGUCCAAGCAGUCCUUCAAACAGACCUGGUAUGAUAACAUGGGCCGUGCGGGAGAGUCCCAGAUCAAGCCGUUUGACGGCGAUGACUUCACGUGCAUCACGUUCCGGCCGGACCUGACCAAGUUCAAGAUGCUGUCUCUGGACCGGGACACUGUAGCGCUCAUGACCCGCCGAGCCUACGACAUCGCCGGCGCCACCAAGGGUGUCAAGGUGUUCCUCAACGGCAAGAAACUCCCGGUGAGCGGUUUCCGUAGCUACGUGGAUCUGUACCUGAAGGACCGCACGGACGAGACGGGCAACCCCCUCACCGUCAUCCACGAGGUGGUCAACGACCGCUGGGAGGUCUGCCUGACCAUGAGCGAGAAGGGCUUCCAGCAAGUCAGCUUCGUCAACAGCAUCGCCACCACCAAGGGUGGCAGGCACACUGACUACGUAGCUGACCAGGUGGUGUCCAAGCUCAUCGAGGUGGUCAAGAAGAAGAACAAGGCAGGAGUGACCGUCAAGCCUUUCCAGGUGAAGAACCACAUUUGGCUGUUUGUGAACUGUCUGAUUGAGAACCCAAGCUUCGACUCCCAGACCAAAGAGAACAUGACCCUGCAGCAGAAGAGCUUCGGAUCCACCUGUCCCCUCACUGACAAGUUUAUCAAGCAGGCGACUAACUGUGGCAUCGUGGAGAGUGUGAUGAACUGGGUCAAGUUUAAGGCCCAGACGCAGCUCAACAAGAAGUGCUCCGCCGUCAAACACACCAAAAUCAAGGGCGUGCCCAAGCUGGACGACGCCAACGAUGCAGGUGGUAAGAACUCCAACGGCUGCACGCUGAUUCUGACUGAGGGAGACUCGGCCAAGACUCUGGCUGUGUCUGGACUGGGCGUUGUCGGCCGCGAUCGUUACGGAGUCUUCCCCCUCCGGGGAAAGAUGCUCAACGUCCGGGAGGCUACCCAUAAACAGAUCAUGGAAAAUGCUGAGAUCAACAACGUCAUUAAGAUCCUGGGGCUGCAGUACAAGAAGAACUACUCUGAUCCCGAGUCACUCAAGACGCUGCGCUAUGGCAAACUCAUGAUCAUGACAGAUCAGGAUCAGGACGGAUCUCACAUCAAGGGUCUCCUCAUUAAUUUCAUCCACACCAACUGGCCCUCUCUGUUGCGCCACAACUUCCUGGAGGAGUUUAUCACUCCCAUCAUCAAGGUGAGCCACAAGAAGCAGGAGCUGUCCUUCUACAGCAUCCCAGAAUAUGAGGAGUGGAAGGACAAACAAGCCAAUUACAAGUCCUGGAAGACCAAAUACUACAAAGGGUUGGGGACCAGCACAUCGAAGGAGGCCAAAGAGUAUUUCUCUGACAUGGCCCGCCAUCGCAUCCCUUUCAAGUACAGUGGCCCGCAAGACGACGAGGCUAUCACCCUUGCCUUUAGUAAGAAGAAGAUUGAGGAGCGCAAAGAGUGGCUCACCAGCUUCAUGGUCAACAGACGCCAGCGGCGAGAACACAACCUGCCAGAGGACUAUCUAUACGGCCAGAGCACCAACUAUCUGACCUACCACGAGUUCGUCAACAAGGAGCUGGUGCAGUUCUCCAACUCGGAUAACGAGCGGUCCCUCCCCUGCAUGGUGGACGGUCUGAAGCCGGGCCAGAGGAAGGUUCUGUUCUGCUGCCUGAAGAGGAAUGAUAAGCGGGAGGUGAAGGUGGCCCAGCUGGCUGGUUCUGUGGCCGAGAUGUCCGCCUACCACCACGGCGAGAUGUCCCUGAUGAUGACCAUUGUGGGCUUGGCUCAGAACUUUGUGGGCAGCAACAACCUGAAUCUGCUGCAGCCCCUGGGACAGUUUGGGACCAGGCUACACGGAGGCAAGGACUCGGCUAGCCCCAGAUACAUCUUCACCAUGCUGAGCCCCCUGGCUCGCCUGCUGUUCCCAGUGGUGGACGACAACCUGCUGAAGUACAACUACGACGAUAAUGUGCGCGUGGAGCCCGAGUGGUACAUGCCCAUCCUGCCCAUGGUGCUGGUCAACGGCUCCGAAGGCAUCGGCACCGGCUGGGCCUCCAAGAUCCCCAACUACGACGUGCGCGAGAUCGUCAACAACAUCCACCGCAUGCUCAAUGGGGAGGAACCCCUGCACAUGAUUCCCAGCUAUAAGGGCUUCAAGGGCACCAUCAUGGAGCUGAUGCCUAACCAGUACAUCAACACCGGAGAGGUGGCCAUCAUCGACAGCACCACCAUCGAGAUCUCUGAGCUGCCCGUCAAAACCUGGACACAGACGUACAAGGAGAAUGUUUUGGAGGCGAUGUUGAACGGGACGGAGAAGAUUCAGCCUCUGAUCACUGACUACAAGGAGUACCACACCGACGCGACCGUGCGCUUCGUGAUCAAGAUGACCGAGGAGAAGCUGAGGGAGGCGGAGGCAGCCGGACUGCACAAGGUCUUCAAGCUGCAGAACCCCAUCACCUGCGUCAACUCCAUGGUGCUGUUUGACCACGUGGGCAGUCUGAAGAAGUACGAGUCGGAGCUGGAGAUCCUGCGGGAUUUCUUUGAGCUGCGCCUGCGCUACUACACGCUGCGCAAGGACUGGCUGCUCGGCAUGCUGGGAGCCGAGGGCGCCAAGCUCUCCAACCAGGCGCGCUUCAUCCUGGAGAAGAUCCAGGGCACGCUCGUCAUCGAGAACAAGCCCAAGAAAGAACUGAUCCGCAUGCUGCAGGAGAUGGGCUAUGACUCCGACCCAGUCAAAGCCUGGAAGCAGUCACAGGAGAAGGUAGAGGAGGAGGUGUCUGAGGAGGGUGAGGAGAAGGAAGAAGAGGACACGUCGGGCCCAGACUACAACUACCUGCUGAACAUGCCCAUGUGGUACCUGACCAAGGAGAAGAAGGAUGAGCUCUGCAAACAGAGGGAUGCUAAGCUGACUGAGCUGAACAUUCUGGAGAAGAAGCAGCCUGCUGACCUGUGGAAGGCUGACCUGGCCGCCUUCACUGAGGAGCUGGAGCGUGUGGAGGAGAUGGAGCGCGCGUCGAUGGCAAAUGUGGUGGUGACUCAGGCCAAGGGGAAGGGUGGAAGGUCAAAGGUCGUGAAGGUGAAGGACGAGACCAUGCCCACUCCUCAGGGUCGCCGGGUCGUGCCCCGCAUCACCAGCGGCAUGAAGGACGUCGCCGCCAAGAAGGGCAAGAAGCCCAGAGUGAAGAGUGAGGAUGGUGUGGUGAUGAAGAUGGAGUUUGAGGAUGGAGCAGUGGAGAUCGGAGAUGAGAACAGCCCGGGUCAGCCCCAGGGUCUCGCCGCACGACUGACCAAGAAGCUUAAGAGGGAGCCCAAGGAGAAAGCCAUGUCUAAGCUGGGCAAACAGACUACGCUGCAGUUCAAGCCGGUGAAGAAGGAAGGAAAAAAGAGUAACCCGUGGUCAGACGAUGAAGAUGAGGAGUUUGCAUCCACUGGAGAGCCCAGCCCAGACCUGGCACCGAGAGAGAAAACCCAGAGAGCCACUAAGGCUGCUCCCAAGUUCGUCUUCUCCAGCGAUGAUGAGGAGGAGGAUGAUGAGGCUGCAGUCGGAGCCUCUGGGAAAGGUGGGAAGGCAGCGGUCAUCAGCGACGACGACAACAGCGACUUUGUACCCGAGCCCAGUCAGCAGGACAGUGAUGUGGACUCUCCCGCUGUGGCCCCGCCCCCAAAGAAGACAGCGGUGAAGGCGGUCGCCCCAAAAGCAAAGGCCCCAAGUAAAGCUGCUGCCAAGUCUAGUGCGGUGGAGCCUUCCUCCAAACCUGCGCCUACAGUCAAAGAGGCCGUCCCAAAAAAGCCCGCUGCCAAGAAGCCCACUGCUGCUGCCUCCAAGAAGAAAGCACCUGACUCUGCUCAGCCCUCCAUCUUAGACGCGCUCUCCAAGCCCAAACCCACUUCGAAAGCCAGCAAGAAGGCGGCAACCACCAGCUCCAGCGAAUCAGAGCCCAUCUCUGGGAAGGCAGCAGCCAAUCGCAAGAGGAAACCAGUGCUGGACUCUGACUCCGACAGUGACUCUGGUGGCCUCAUGGCCCGCAUCAAGGGCAAGAUGGGUGGUGCCGGAAAGAAAACAAAGAAGUGGGAAGACGAUGAGAGUUUCGACCUCGAGGGCGGCAUUGACUCCCCGGUGGUGGAGCGCAGUAAACCCAGCCGGGCCAAGAAGGCCGCCACUUACAAGAUCGACUCCGACUCCGACUCCGACUUCGGCUUUUAGUCUCUGCUCCUCAGCUCUCUGCACAGCUCUCUUUCUUUCACUUUGUUAUGCUUGUUUGUUUCGUCCUGUAAAUAUUUCAUAUGUUGUAUCUUAUUUACCGUUCGCUUUUAUACAUGCCUUUUUCAAUAAAUUUAGUUAUUUGUGA